CGAAACCCCACACCUUCUCUCUCUCUCUCUCUCGCUCUCCUCCCUCCCUCCAAACAACACCACCAACACUCCUUCGCAUUCUCACUCUUCAACUAGCGCCAUGGCCUCCGUCGCUUUCAGCGGCGCCGCCGCUGCAGCCACUGCCGCCACCACGUCUCGGCGUCUUCCCGCCUCGGCUAAACUAUCUCUCUCUUCCUCAUCCUCCUCCUCUCUCAAACUCCUCGGCUCCACUCCGAUCGUUUCCCGCCUCUUCCUCAACCCCAAACGCUGUUCGGCGGCUCCGCUGCCUAGCCGAGCGUUCAACUCAGCCGCCGCCGCUCCCAAGUGCCUCGCUUCCGACCUGGAGCAGCUGAAGCUCGCCAGAGAAGACAUCAGGGAGCUUCUCAAGACCACUUUCAGCCACCCAAUUCUGGUUCGGUUGGGAUGGCACGAUGCUGGUACUUACAACAAGAAUAUUGAGGAGUGGCCAAGAAGAGGUGGAGCGAAUGGGAGCUUGAGGUUUGAGAUUGAGCUUAAACACGCAGCCAAUGCAGGUCUUGUCAAUGCAUUGAAGCUCAUUCAGCCUUUAAAAGACAAGUACUCUGAUGUAACAUACGCAGACUUGUUCCAAUUGGCCAGUGCUACUGCUGUUGAGGAGGCUGGGGGACCAAAGAUUCCUAUGAAGUAUGGGAGAGUUGAUGUUUCGGCACCUGAGCAGUGCCCAGAAGAAGGGAGGCUUCCUUCUGCUGGCCCUCCUUCACCUGCUGAUCAUCUGCGUGAGGUUUUCUACAGAAUGGGGUUAAAUGACAAGGAAAUAGUUGCAUUAUCAGGGGCACACACUCUGGGGAGGUCCAGACCUGAUCGCAGUGGUUGGGGCAAGCCAGAGACAAAGUACACGAAAGAUGGGCCAGGGGCACCAGGAGGACAGUCUUGGACAGCACAAUGGUUGAAGUUUGAUAAUUCCUACUUCACGGAUAUCAAGGAAAAGAAGGAUGAAGAUCUUCUGGUGUUGCCAACUGAUGGUGUUCUUUUCGAAGAUCCAGCAUUCAAGGUAUAUGCUGAGAAAUAUGCUGAAGACCAAGAAGCGUUCUUCAAGGAUUAUGCUGAAGCUCAUGCUAAACUCAGCAACCUGGGAGCCAAAUUUGAUCCUCCAGAGGGUAUUGUGAUCGAUGAUGGUCCUUCACAGUCAGUACCAGAAAAGUUUGUGGCAGCAAAAUACUCAUCUGGCAAGAGAGAGCUGUCAGAGAAUAUGAAGCAGAAGAUUCGGGCAGAGUAUCAAGCUGUUGGUGGAAGCCCGGAUAAGCCUCUACAGUCUAAUUAUUUUCUGAACAUUAUAAUCGUGAUUGGGGUUUUGGCACUUUUGACAUCGUUGGUUGGAAACUGAAUUUUGGGUUUCUGCUGUUGUUUCUUUUUCUUUUUUAUCAAUGAGAGAUGCAUUGGUUGCCUAUAUGUGGGGUUUAUCUAACAAUAUCAAACAAUAUAUAUGUAAGGUUCUUCAUGUGCAUACUUCAAUUUUGGUCACAUCAGAGCUAGUUCAGCUUUUGAGAGUAUCAAAAGAUUAUGUCUUCCCUUUUGACUGAAAAAUGGUUACUGAAAUUCCUGCAUUACUGAAGAACCCAAAUGAAACAAGUGUGACCGGGCGGCUGAACUUCCAUGGUAAUACAAUUGAAAAAUGUUGUAUUUCUGACUGAUAAA